CCGGAAGAGACGGAACGUGCUGUGUAACGGUAGCAGUUUCGUGACAAGGAAGUCGUUUAGGUUUAGCUUUGAAAGGGACGCAAUGCCGGACUACCUGGGGACUGAACAGCGGAAGGUUAAAGAUGAAGAAAAGGAGGAUAAACCGAUCAGAGCUCUGGACGAAGGUGACAUCGCUCUCUUGAAGACAUAUGGCCAGAGCACAUACUCCAGACAGAUCAAGCAGGUGGAGGAUGACAUUCAGCAGCUCCUCAAGAAGAUCAACGAGCUCACUGGUAUUAAGGAGUCAGACACUGGACUGGCUCCUCCAGCUCUGUGGGACUUGGCUGCAGACAAGCAGACCCUGCAGAGCGAGCAGCCGCUGCAGGUGGCCAGAUGUACCAAGAUCAUUAACGCUGACUCAGAGGAUCCGAAAUAUAUCAUCAAUGUGAAACAGUUUGCCAAGUUUGUGGUGGACCUGAGUGACCAGGUUGCUCCUACUGACAUUGAAGAGGGGAUGAGGGUUGGUGUUGACCGAAACAAAUAUCAGAUUCACAUUCCACUUCCUCCCAAGAUUGAUCCAACUGUCACCAUGAUGCAGGUGGAGGAGAAACCUGAUGUGACUUAUAGUGAUGUUGGUGGUUGCAAGGAGCAGAUUGAGAAGCUAAGAGAGGUGGUCGAGACUCCUUUACUCCAUCCUGAACGAUUUGUGAACCUGGGCAUUGAGCCACCAAAGGGUGUCCUGCUCUUUGGCCCUCCAGGCACAGGCAAAACACUGUGUGCCCGAGCUGUGGCCAAUCGUACAGAUGCGUGCUUCAUCCGUGUUAUUGGUUCUGAGCUUGUGCAGAAGUAUGUGGGAGAGGGUGCAAGAAUGGUCCGUGAGCUAUUUGAGAUGGCCAGAACCAAGAAGGCUUGUCUCAUUUUCUUUGAUGAAAUUGAUGCCAUCGGAGGAGCCCGUUUUGACGAUGGUGCUGGUGGUGACAACGAGGUCCAGAGGACCAUGCUGGAGCUCAUCAACCAGCUGGAUGGCUUUGACCCCAGGGGCAACAUCAAGGUCCUGAUGGCCACUAACCGACCUGACACGCUGGACCCAGCCCUCAUGAGGCCAGGACGAUUGGACCGCAAGAUUGAGUUCAGUCUACCUGAUUUGGAGGGUCGUACUCACAUUUUUAAGAUUCAUGCCCGGUCCAUGAGUGUGGAAAGGGAGAUCCGAUUUGAGCUGUUGGCUCGUCUCUGUCCUAACAGCACAGGUGCUGAGAUCCGGAGCGUGUGCACAGAAGCAGGUAUGUUUGCGAUAAGGGCCCGCAGGAAGAUUGCCACUGAGAAGGACUUCCUGGAGGCUGUGAACAAGGUCAUCAAGUCUUAUGCCAAGUUCAGUGCCACACCACGAUACAUGACAUACAACUAAGUUUUGUUUUUUUUUUUUGGUAACCUUUAUUUGGUUUAUUUUUGGAAUGGUAACUUGUGUACUGUAAUUUGUUCCUUUGUCAGAUGUGCUCAAUUAAAAAAAAAAAAACC